AUGUAUGGUGAUGAAAAGAAACACUACAUGAUGGUGCGAGACUAUGGUCUGACAUUGCUAAAAGCCAAUCCUGGAUCAACUAUCCAGAUUGCAACCAUUCCUCAACCAGAUGGGACAGUGAUAUUUGAUAUAAUGUAUGUAUGUUUAAGUGGUUGUAGGGAUGGGUUCAAAGCUGGAUGUAGGCCGUUGAUUGGGUUAGAUGAUGCCUUUCUCAAGACUCAAUUUGGUGGCCAAAUUCUAUCCGCGGUUGGGCAGGAUGCCAAUCAUCACAUAUAUGUCAUAGCCUGGGGUCUGGUUCCUGCUAUGCAGGAGGUGAUGCCUAGAGUGCAUCACCGAUUUUGUGUCUGGUAUUUGUGGAGAAACUUCAACAAGAAUUGGAAAGACCUGGAAUUAAGGGGUUUACUAUGGGAAUGUGCUCGAGCCACCACAUUCCAAGAGUUUAGGGAUACCAUGAACAAGAUCAAACGUAUCAGCGAGGAUGCUUGGGCAUAUCUAAACAAGUGGCCAAGAGAUUCAUGGACUAAGUGCCAAUUUAGUCAUAAGCCAAAGUUGGACAGCAUAUGCAACAAUGCAUGUGAGGUGUUCAACUCCAAGAUUAAAGAAGCAAGAGCAAAACCCAUCAUUACUCUUUUGGAGGAGGUCCGAAUGUUUGUCAUGAGAACCAUUGCAAGAAACAAGGUAAAAUUAAGCAAUCAUGUUGGGAAACUACCACCAGUAAUCAAGAGUAUAUUGGAGAAAGUGAGGAAGGAAUCCAAGAAUUGGCACCCCAUAUGGACAGGAAAUGAUGGAUAUGAAAAAUUUGAGGUUCAUGGAUAUUCCACAAACCAUGUUGUUGAUUUGGGAAAAAAAUUAUGCACAUGUCAAUUCUGGAUGCUAACAGGAAUUCCUUGUGUACAUGCAUGUGCUGCCUUGUCUAGGGUGAAUAAGUCCCCAGAUGAUUUUUGUCAUCCAUUAGUGACUAUGGAAUCCUACAAGGCAACAUAUAACCAUCACAUAAAUCCAAUACCUGGACAACUGCUGUGGGAGGUUUCAGAAUUUAAUAAGCCACGUGCACCAAAGGUUAAGCGGCCACCAGAAAAAUUAAAGAUGAAAAGAAGAAUGGAUUCGGAUGAAAAACAUGGAGGAGGCAAGAGAUCGAGGAUAGAUAUUAAGAACAACGAUAACACUCAUUUGAAAAGGCAGCUUGGAAAAUUUACUUGCAGUUAUUGUGGUGAUAAAGGUCACACCAAAAGAGGUUGCAAAAAGAAGAGAUUGGCUGAUGCAGCAGUAGCUGCUGCUGCUACGGUUGAGGCUGCUACAAAAAACAGUCUAAAUAAAUUUACUAGGAUAUAUUUCAUUCAUAUAUAA